AUGUAUAAACCUUCAAGAUCACUUAGAUAAAGUUAAGAAAAACCUUACGCACACAACAAACCAUCUCCAUAGACUAGAGCUAUUUCAUUUGCAAAUACAAUGGAAGACCCUCUGAGAUAAAUUAACAGAGAAUUAGAUAGAGAUUUAUAGAGGUAGAAGCUGAAAGUAUAUGAAGCUGAAUUAUUGGAAGCAAAAGAUUAGUAGAGCCAAAUUUGUGUAGAGUUGAAUGAAUAGAAAUUGAAAAAUAAAUAAUAAUAAUAAGUUAUAGAGAAUUUGGAAUUCAAACUUCAAAUUGAGAAAAAGGAUUCACUCAUUUAUUAGCAAUAAGUAUAGAGAUUGGAGGAAUAGUUCAAUUAUUUAUAAGAUAAUUAUAAUACAUAAAAAUAACAGAUAAUUGUCUUAUAGGAGAGCAUAGAGUAAAUUUAAAAAAAGCACAAUCUUGAGAAGGAAAUGAGAAAUGAAAAAGAAUAUUAAUUGGAAAAAGAAAUUAAAUUUUAGUAAAACGAGAUAAAGAGAUACUAAGAGGAGAAUAUAAAAUAGAGGGAACACAUCUUAUAAAAUAAUUAAUAGUAAAAUGCAAAUGAAUUUAUCUAAAUUUUAGAAAAUAAAUUUGAAUUAGUGUAAAAGGAAUUCAUAUUCUAUAAAAAAGAAAAAGAAUAAGAAAUUGAAAACAAUCAAUAAUUACUAGAUUCUUAUCAAAACUAAAUUUAAUAGUUGGAUUAAGAAAAUAAAUCAUUAUAAGAUAAAAAUUUAAUAGUCUCAUCAACUGAAGAACAAUAAACUUAGAUUAAAAGUCUGAAAAUUGAAUUAGAAAGUUAAUUACAAUUUGUUAAGUAGUUGAAUCAAUAGAUUGCAAAUCUAUAGUAAUAAUUGAAUCAAACUAAUAUUAUUUGCUAAAAUCUAAAAGAAGAAAAAUAAGGGGCAAUAAAAGAGAAAUAAGCCAUUGAAACUUAUUAUCUGGAUUAAUUAUAGAAAUAAGAUGUGUAACUCUCUUAAAUGAUUAAAUCCUCUGUCUAAAAUGAAUAAAAGGCAUAAAUCCAUAAAUUGCAAAUUAUUAUAGAACAAAAAGACUUAAUGAUAAGAGAAUUGAGUAUGUAAAAAGAUUGUAAUUGCAAUAAAUAAAUUAAAAAUGAAUAAAAAUUAAUAAUUAGAGAUCUUGAAAAGAAGAAUGCCACCUUAGUUAUGGAAGUAGAGAGACUAAAUAAAAUAUUAAAAUAGAAACUAACAGAAUUAGAAAAUCAAACUUCAAGAUCUUGCGAAGAAAAUCAUAAGAAAUACUUAGAAGAGAUUGAGAUUUGGAAAAGUAAAUUCUUAUCCAUUAAUAAACAAUAUCACAUUAGUUAAGAAUAGUUAAUGGUUGUCAAAACCGAAUUAGAUGGCUUAAAAAGAGCCAAAUAAAAAGAAAAUAUUGAUCCUAUUCUAACUAAUAAACUUGUUUGA